AUGGAGCUCCGUACCUUCAAUCAGCCUCUUCAUACGGUCCGGAAUUCUCGUCUGCUCGUAUUCAACCGCCUAUUUGCGAUUGUUUACUUGUUUGCAAUCAUCGCUUUGUUCUACCGUCAUUUCAUAUCCAUUUCUAAUUCCCCCGAUUUUCUCUCCUUUUCUCUCCUCGCCGCCGACAUUGUGCUGACGUUCGUAUGGAUCACCACUCAGGCUUUUCGAUUCCGUCCGGUCCGCCGACGUCAGUUUCCGAUAAAUCUACUUGGAUCAGUGACGAAGAAAGAACUUCUUGCGGUUGACGUGUUCGUUUGCACGACGGAUCCGCUUAAGGAACCGCCUGUUAGUCUGAUGAACACAGUUCUUUCGGCGAUGGCUUACGAUUAUCCGGUGGAGAAGAUUUCAGUCUAUGUAUCUGACGACGGAGGAUCUGAUUUGACUCUGUUUGCAUUAAUGGAAACGGUUAAGUUUGCAAAACGCUGGUUGCCGUUCUGUAGAGAUAAUAACGUCAUGGAGAGAUCUCCUCGCGCGUUUUUCCGAUCAGAUUAUCAAAGAUGCGCGGAGAUUGAUGAACUCGAGAGCAUGUACAAAAAAUUGGAGUCGAGCAUAGAGAAUGUUGUGGAAAGAGGUAAAGUUGACGACGAACUCAUCGCCGGCGAAAACGACCGGCGAGUUUUCGCCGGUUGGUUACAGGGAUCAUUUACUGCUAAAGAUCACCCUACGAUUAUUCAGGUAUUGCUGGAAAAUGAAAAAGACAAGGAUGCCACUGGCCAACCAAUGCCAAACCUUGUAUAUGUAUCAAGAGAAAAAAAACCUACAUUUGCUCACAAUUUCAAGGCUGGUGCCCUUAAUACCCUGAUUCGGGUGUCUGCGAUCAUGACGAACGCUCCAAUCCUGGCGGUCCAGGACUGCGACAUGUACUCAAAUGAUCCCCAAACAUUGAACCGUGCGAUGUGUUAUUUCUCCGACCCACAAAUGAAGUUCAAUUUGGGAUGUGUUCAAUUUGCUCAGCGUUUUCAUGGGAUCAACAAGAACGAUAUAUACUCGUGUGAGGUUAAACGCAUAUUUCAAAUCCAUUGCGCGGGAAUGGAUGGGUUGAACGGCCCGAGCCUUGUAGGCUCGGGAGUCUUCUUCUCUAGACGGGCCUUGUUCGAGUGUCCGUCCUGUCUGGUCACUACAGAGAUUCCAGAGCUUAUGCCUGACCACAUUGUUGACAAGCCAAUUACGGCCCAAUCCAGUUUAAACAUAGCCCAUCAACUUGCAAGUUGCAAUUAUGAGAAGAAUAAUAUCUCAUGGGGUACCAAGAGGGGCUUUAGAUACGGAUCGCUGGUAGAAGAUUUCUACACGGGCUACGCCUUGCAUUGCCAAGGCUGGAAGUCGGUGUUUUGCAAUCCCGAUAGGGCAGCAUUCCUUGGGGAUGUGCCGAUCACCCUCAACGAUUUGCUAGUCCAAAUUGGGCGAUGGUCCAUUGGAGUUUAUGAGGUCGCGUUUUCUAAGUAUAGCCCAAUAACAUACGGCAUGCGUCGCAUGGGACUUCUAAUGGGCCUAUGCUACUCAUACUCCGCGUUUUGGCCCAUAGUUGCCAUUCCCAUAACUAUAUAUGCAUUCAUUCCACAACUAGCACUCCUUCAUGGCAAAUCCAUUUUCCCAAAGGUCUCUCUCGGGUGGUUUUUGUUGUACGCGUUCCUCUUUGUCGGGUCCUACGCACAAGAUUGCCUCGAAUACAUAGUAUUCAAAGGGACGUUAUCAAGAUGGUGGAGUGAUCAAAGGAUGUGGCUCAUUAAAGGGCUAACAUCAUUCCUAUUCGGUACAAUCGAAUUCAUUACAAAAUGUUUGGGCAUAACAUUACCGGAUUUUAAAUUGACGAGUAAAGUGAUGGUGAUGGAACAACGUAAGAAGUAUGAACAAGGGAUAUUUUACUUCGGAGUUCACUCUCCCAUGUUCGUGGUCUUGUUGAUGGCAGCCAUGUUAAAUUUGGCAGCAUUGGCUGCAGGAAUAUGGUGGUCGGUAAAAGGAGGAGAGGUCGAUUUAAACCGGUUUUUAAUUCAAAUGUUAAUUGCCGGUUUUGGAGUAGUGAAUGGUUGGCCGGUUUAUGAGGCAGUGGUGAUCAGAAGUGAUGAGGGAAAGAUCCCUUUGAAGACUACUAUUGUUUCGUUACUUCUCUUCUGGCCUCUUUAUAUUAUCACAUCUUUCUUAUUUGUAAACUAA